CCUCUUUGUUUACAGCCGAGAGGAGAGAGCAACCGACAAGUCCACGGUCGCUUCACAGCAACGUUUUAAAUCGAUCAGGUUGUUUAUCACCUGUGUUGGAUAUACGAAGUCAAACAAUCAUGGUGGCGAUGAUAAAGCGAGUGAAGACCUUCCAGGUUGUCUUUUCGGACCCCUCCAAGACUUUUUACUGCGGGGGGGACAAGGUGUCCGGCCGGGUGGUGGUGGAGGUGAACGAGGUGACUCGCGUCACCGCGGUGAAGGUUCUGGGUCUGGGCUGCGCCAAGGUGGAGUACGCGAAAGGGAAGCAGCGGUGCCGACAGGAGGCCGAGUACCUCCGAUACGAGGAGGUGCUGCGACUGGACGAGCAGCCAACAGAUUCUGAUGGUUCGGUCAUCUUGAGGCCCGGCAACAAAUACGAGUACACUUUUGGAUUUGAGCUGCCCCAGCAAGGGCAGUUGGUGUCGUCAUACAAGGGGAAGUUUGGCUACGUCCAAUAUUAUGUGAAGGCCGUGAUGGAGAGGCCUCAACAGCACCCCCUUGAGUGCAAGAAAUCCUUUGAGGUGGAGGAGCCUCUGGAUGUGAACACCCCUGAUCUGCUGUCUCCCACAGGCGGCAUGAAGGAGAAGAAAGUCACCUGCAUGUUCAUCCCUGACGGCCAGGUGUCGCUCAAC